AUGGAGAUCAAGGUACCACAACAUGAAGCUGAGAAGCUCAUGCUUCAAUCGCCUGACACUACGAAACUUCGCCAUUGGUCAAAAUUGUACAGCGCAGAACCCCACCUAGCCGGGGACCUAGCCCACGCAGAACGCAUCCGGGAUCUAUGGAUUUCGUACGGUAUCCCGGCCGCAUUGGAAGAAUACCAGGUCCUGCAAAACUUUCCAAAGUCUCAAGCUCUGCAUCUCCUUGCACCGGAUGGACAGAUAGGUUUCGAGGCAUCCCUGACAGAGGACGAGGUGUCAGAGGAUCCAACGUCGUCUCCUCGAAACGGUUUACCCGCCUUUCAUGGCUUCAGCGCAAACGGCGAAAUCUGCGCCGAAUUGGUGUAUGCGAACUUCGGCGAGUUGAAAGACUUUGAGUUGCUGAAGUCGCAUGGAAUCUCCGUGAAAGGCAAAAUCGUCAUAUGCAAGUAUGCCAAGGUCUUUAGAGGCCUCAAAGUUAGAGCAGCCGAACAGUACGGGGCAGCCGCCGUCAUUCUGUAUAACGACCCUCAAGAGGACGGCGAAUACACUGUCGAGAAUGGCUAUGAGCCCUACCCUCAUGGUCCAGCAAGGCAUCCCAAAACAAUUCAGCGAGGCAGCGUCGACUUCUUCUCCGUGGCCGUGGGUGACCCCACGACACCCGGGUACCCCAGUUUGCCAGACACCGACCUUGAACGACAGGAUCCUGGUCACGCAACCCCAAGGAUACCAUCUCUGCCAAUCUCUUAUGCGGAUGCUAUUCCUUUCCUUCAGGCAUUGAACGGCCAUGGACUUAUACCUAGUCAGAUAGCCGGUGAGCACAGCGACUGGGAAGGAUGUCUUCCGGCAGUGGACUAUUGUACUGGCCCUAGCCAGGCCAGAGUCUUUCUAUCGAACCAAGGCACUUACAAAUACGCCCCGAUCUACAACGUUAUCGGGACCAUACGUGGGACCACUGAAGAGAGCAUCGUUCUUGGUAAUCACCAUGAUUCUUGGUGCUGUGGAGCUAUCGACCCAGUGAGUGGGACGGCGGCCAUGAACGAGGUCGCUAGGGCCCUUGGCGAGCUUUACUCAAAAGGCUGGAAACCAUACAGGAAGAUAAUACUAGCAAACUGGGACAACGAAGAAUACGGCCUGGUCGGCUCUACCGAAUGGGGCGAACACCACCAGGAUGAUUUAAGCAAGAACUGUGUUGCCUACCUUAAUGUUGACGAGGCGACCAAUGGUGGGACGAUCCUUGGCGCGACAGGUAGUCCCCUUCUUGCAAGCGUGCUUCGUGAUGUUACUCGCAUGGUCCAAUCGCCGAUCAACGAGAAUCGAACAGUCUAUGAUGACUGGCUGAGCGACCAAAAGCGAGCCAACCCAGAGCAGGUGACCCCAACCCUCGAUCUAAUGGGUACGGGAAGUGAUUACACGGUCUUCUUCGAUCAUCUCGGCAUUCCAUCCGUUGACCUGCUCUUCAAUCGGCAGGGAAAGGGUGUUUAUCCUUAUCAUUCCAACUACGAUAGUUACUACUGGGUCGAAAACUUUGGCGAUAUCGGCUUCAAGAAGCACCUUGCGAUGGCUCAACUCUGGGGGUUAUUGACGGUUCGCCUUGCUGGUUUGGGUAAUAUUGCGUUCGAGGCAGCGGAGUAUCCGAGGACCCUCGCUCAUCACUUGGAGAAGCUCAAGGCCAAAUAUGAUAACGUCCUCAGCUUUCAUGCUCUGAGCAACGCAGUCACGCAUUUCAAAGACGCCGCGUCUCGAUUAGACGCGAUAUCGCCACUCAGAGUCGCUCCAGGAAACAUGCAAGUUGACAAUGAAGUCAACAAGGCCUAUCUCUAUCUUGAGCGGCAGUUUCUUUUGCCAAAGGGGGCUGGGUUGCCUGGGCGGGAGUGGUAUCGACAUGCUAUCUUUGCACCAGGGCUGUGGUAUGGCUAUGACGGAGUCAUCUUUCCCGGAGUUGUGGAAUGCUUGGAAGAUGGUAACGACGAGGGUGCUGCUGAGUGGCUAGAAAAGAUAAUCGCUGCCAUCCAGAGAGCCACAUACAGCUUGCUAUAA